GCGGCGAGAUUGCAGGUCGACUGUCAAGAAAUGAAGGCUAGGAUGGCAUAUGUUGGACUGCAAAAUCUUCCCCAGCGGCUGGCCUUCAGUAUCAAUUAUUACUCUAAGCUUAGUGGUCUUCAAACUAUAUGUCUUCAUAGUAAAAUAAAAUCAAAGAAAUGCCACAUCCUGGACUAUUUGAGAAAUACAUGCAUGCACAGGACUCUGCCACCUGGAAGCAUCCUGCCAUGGAGUUUCUUUUCCUGCAAGCAGGAAAGAACAAAACUCCCUUCCAAAAGGAAGCAAAAUACAUCCAUAAUGACAUCAGAACUUUUGUACAAGCAUCUCCUGAAAUCGGAGCAGAAAAGCUGGAAUGACAUUUCAGCAAAAUACAAACCUAUGACAAAAAUAAUCAAGAAAAAAUUAAAAGAACUGCACAAGAAGUAUACAUUCAGUUUGGGAAGCCCAAGGAUCAGGUUUGGAGACAAUGUGUACUUUGAAGAGAAUGGCUGCAUAUUUCUUUCAAAAGCAGAUGAUGUAGAUGAAGGAAAUGCUAACAUUUUAUUCAGUACUGAAGAUCUUGGCUUUUCUGAUACCUUUAUUCAACGGAUCAGAAUUUCACCAGAUCAGAGAUACAUGUCCCUCAGCUUAAAAAGUGAAAAUUCUGAAGAGGCAACCUGCAUUGUUGUGAAACUUGGUCAUCUUCCUGUUGUGGAAAAAGUAAUUCCAAAUGUAUUUAGUUUUGAAUGGGCUACAAAUGAUGUACUGUAUUACACAAGUCAGAAGAACCUUAAAUGCCAGAAUGUGUUUAUGACCACUUUCACUAAUCAGAAGCAUACUAAAUUAGUUUAUACAGAACAAGAUGCAAGAUUUUUUGUGGACAUACACUGCACGAAAGAUAGGCGCUUUCUCACUAUCAACAGCAACAGCAAGACAACCUCAGAAGUUUGGCUGGUUGACUGUAGAGAUCCUUUUAAGUUGCCUGCUCUUGUACAAGCACGAACAAAAGGGGUCCUCUACCACAUCGAGCACAGAAAUGAUGAGUUAUAUAUUCUUACUACGUAUGGAGAACCUGCAGAGUAUAAGUUGAUGAAAGUACCAGUAUCUUCCACUGGCAUGGAGAACUGGCAUUUAGUUUAUGCACUGGAAAAGAAAACCAAACUAGUAGACUUGGAGAUGUUCAGUGAUCACUGUGUUAUGUUCCUGAAGAAUGCUGGUCAUCUUUACUUAAACGUGAUUUCUUUUGUUUCACAUUCAGUUCAGUCAAUAGAGCUACCUACGUGGGCCUGUGAAUUUGAAUUGGAAUCUCAUCCUGAACAUACCACCAGCACUUGCUAUUUUCAGCUCACCUCCCCAGUACACCCCCCUAAGCGUUUUGCAUAUUCAUUUAAAGAAAAUAAUCUCAUUGAACAAGCUGUGCAAGAGGUACCAAUUAUCACGCAUUGUCACACUACACGUUUACUAGCUAAAAGCAAGGAUGAAACUUUGGUGCCAAUUACAGUUUUUCAUAACAUGAAUUCUAAAGAGCUGCACGGGAAACCACUUCUGGUUCAUGUAUAUGGAGCUUAUGGCAUAGAUUUGAACAUGAGCUUUAAAGAAGAGAAGCUGAUGUUAAUUGAAGAGGGUUGGAUAUUAGCGUAUUGCCAUGUUAGAGGUGGAGGAGAACUAGGCCUUAGCUGGCACAAGGACGGAUGUCAGCAUAAUAAACUCAAAGGUCUCCAUGACCUUAAGGCUUGCAUCAUGCUGCUGCACAAAGUAGGAUUUUCUCAGCCAAAGUACACAGCACUGGUAGCUGCCAGUGCAGGAGGAGUUCUUGCAGGAGCCCUGUGCAACACUGAUCCAGAACUUAUCAGAGCUAUGGUUUUACAGGCUCCUUUUGUAGACGUUCUAAAUACCAUGAUGAAAACUCAUCUCCCCCUGACAAUUGAAGAACAGGAAGAGUGGGGAAAUCCAUUAACAGAUGAAGAAUGUAUGAAGUAUAUCAAAAGCUAUUGUCCAUACCAGAAUAUUAAGCCACAGCGUUACCCUUCAGUUUUUAUCACGGCAUACCAAAAUGAUCAACGGAUACCUCUGAUGGGAGUUCUACGAUACGUUCAGAAACUUAGGAGGGCUGCACUGGAUUAUGCCAGCAGCACAAGUAAGGAAGGAAACUGGAUCCCCAAUAUCAUCUUGGAUGUCCAGGCAAAUGGCAGUCACUGUGAUUCAUCUUGGGAGGAUUCGCUGAAUGAGGUUGCAAGACAUCUUGCAUUUCUGAACAAAGAACUUGGGGAAGCAUGCCAUCUCCAGCAUCAUACGGAAUCCUGCAAAUAG